AUGGCUGCAACACUCUUGCGCCUCAUUGCUACUUUUGUGGUUUUUCAUUUUCUUAUCAUGGUUCAAGGGUCGAUAAACCCAGACUUGGAAGCUCUCGUUGCCUUCAAAACUGGUUCAGACACAUCUAAGAAGCUUAUAAGUUGGAACACCAGCAACAACCCAUGCACAUGGGGCGGCGUCUCCUGCAUCAAAAACCGAGUCUCGCGACUCGUUCUCGAAAACCUCGACCUUCGAGGUUCCAUUGAGCCCUUAACUUCUCUGACUCAGCUCCGAGUCCUCAGCCUCAAGGGGAACCGUUUUUUCGGUCCCGUUCCGAGUCUCUCCAACUUAACCGUUUUGAAGCUACUCUUCUUGUCUAACAAUGAGUUUUCCGGCGAGUUCCCGUCGACCAUCACGUCGCUUUUCCGCUUGUACCGACUCGAUCUGUCCCACAAUAACUUCUCCGGCGAGAUUCCUGCUACGGUUAGUCAUUUGACUCACCUCCUCACUCUCCGUCUCGACGAUAACCGGUUCUCCGGCUACAUUCCCGAUGUGAACCUUCCCAACCUGCAAGACUUCAACGUCUCCGGGAACCGCCUCUCCGGCGAGAUACCGAAAUCGUUAUCAGGUUUCCCCGUAUCCUCAUUCGGGCAAAACCCAUCUCUCUGCGGAGCCCCAAUGGAGAAAUGCGUGGCUGUCGCUGACCCGAGCAAACCCGGAUCCGACGGUGCCGUUGCUUCGCCGGUGAUGUCACGCAGCAACACCCCAACAAGUGUGUCAUCUUCACCGAGUUCAAUGCCAAGAGCAUCAAGUAGCAAAAAACAAGAAAAUGGAGGUUCUAAAAUAAGCCCAGUGGCACUGAUAAUCAUUAUAGUGGGAGAUGUUUUGGUCCUUGGCAUAGUUUCAUUGCUUCUGUAUUGCUACUUCUGGAGAAACUACUCAGCGAAGUUGAAGGAAGGGAAAGGAUCAAAGCUUUUUGAGAGUGAAAAGAUUGUAUAUUCAUCGAGUCCGUAUCCUGGUCAAGGAGGGUGUGAGAGGGGUCGAAUGGUGUUCUUUGAAGGAGAAAAGAGGUUUGAACUGGAGGACUUGCUGAGAGCCUCAGCUGAAAUGCUAGGGAAAGGUGGGUUUGGGACUGCAUACAAAGCGGUCCUCGAUGAUGGAAGUGUUGUUGCGGUGAAGAGAUUGAAGGAUGCGCAGAUUGCAGGGAAGAGGGAGUUCGAGCAGCACAUGGAACUGCUGGGAAGGCUAAGGCAUCCAAACAUUGUAAGCUUGAGGGCUUAUUAUUUUGCAACUGAGGAGAAGCUCCUCGUCUAUGAUUACAUGCCCAAUGCCAGCUUGUUCUGGCUCCUUCACGGGAACCGAGGACCCGGACGAACCCCACUGGACUGGACCACGAGGCUCAAGAUAGCAGCAGGAGCGGCACGAGGCGUGGCAUUUAUUCACAACUCAUGCAAGUCACUCAGGCUCACUCACGGUAACAUCAAAUCCACUAACAUCCUCCUUGACAAGCAGGGAAAUGCACGCGUCUCUGAUUUUGGGCUAUCUAUCUUCGCGGGCCCGGGUCAGGGCCCAGCGGGCGGAAGAUCUAACGGCUACCGUGCUCCGGAGGUAUCUGACGGUCGAAAACAAUCCCAGAAAUCUGACGUGUACUCUUUUGGUGUUCUCUUGCUGGAGCUGCUCACAGGGAAAUGUCCCUCCGCUGUGGACGGUGGUGGGCCAGGUAGUGGCUAUGGUGGGGCCGUGGAUCUACCCAGGUGGGUCCAGUCAGUGGUGAGAGAGGAAUGGACGGCUGAGGUGUUUGAUUUGGAGCUGAUGAGGUACAAGGAUAUUGAGGAGGAGAUGGUGGGGCUGCUGCAGAUAGCUAUGGCCUGUACUGCAGCUGCACCUGAUCAACGGCCCAGGAUUAGCCACGUGGUCAAGAUGAUUGAGGAUCUGCGUGGGGUCGAGGUGUCGCCGUGUCAUGACACGUUAGACUCGGUGUCUGAGUCACCUUCCUUGUGUGAAGAUGCGUGCGGAACUAGUCAGUAAACUUUGGAGGGGUUUAGCUAU